UUUUCAUAGGGACUGGUAAUUUAAGAACCCCUUCUGGUGCCAAAAGCAGAGCACAAGAAGCAAAAUCGAGAGCGAAAAAUGGGAGACAGAACAUCAUCCACAACCACAGACGACGAUUUGCUUCUCAAAAGCUUCUUCGCUGAAGUUAGCGAAGUCGAGAGAGACAACGAAGUUGCCAGUUAUAGGAUUCUUUCAUGCUUCAAGUUGAAUCCAUUUGAGUAUCUAAAUCUACCAUUUGAUGCAUCUCUAGAGGAUGUGAAGAAGCAAUAUCGUAAGUUAUCUUUGCUGGUUCACCCUGACAAGUGCAAGCAUCCACAAGCAAAAGAUGCAUUUGGUGCAUUGGCAAAAGCCCAGCAGCUACUACUUGAUCAACAAGAAAGAGAUUAUCUUCUUAGCCAAGUUGUUGCAGCGAAAGAAGAACUUCUAGCAAAGAGGAAGAAGCAGUUGAAGAAAGAUACAGCCUCUAAAAUAAAGUCAUUGGUUGAUGAGGGAAAAUAUGAUCAACUGUAUGAAAGGUCCGAGGAGUUUCAGCGGGAGCUCAAAUUAAAGGUUCGAGAACUAUUAACUGAACAAGAAUGGCGCAGGAGGAAAAUGCAAAUGAGGAUAUCAGAAGAGGAAGGUAGACUAAAGAAGGAUGAAGAAGAACAAAAAGAGAUUUGGAAGAGAAAGCGUGAACAUGAGGAGCAAUGGGAAGGAACAAGAGAACAAAGGGUUUCAAGCUGGAGAGAUUUCAUGAAGACUGGGAAAAAGGGUAAAAAGGGCGAAAUUCGACCACCAAAACUAAAGACUGAGGACCCUAACAAAUCUUAUGUUCAAAGGCCUGUAAAGAGAGCUUAAUCAUAUUGUUUUGGUCUCUUGAGGGCUAUGACAUUGGCAACCGAGUGUUCCUUAUUCAAAGAAGGCUUGGCGUGCAGCUUUCAAAUUGUACUAGUAUAUGUCCUGGACUCUUGGUAGUAAAAGGACUAAUACAUUUGACAAGGGACUUGGUUCUUUUUCUUGUGCCAUGUUUAGUGAAUUAAAGCAGAUAUAUAAUGUAUUUACUGAUGUGUUUUAGAUGAUAGUGGCUGUGGACCUGUUAACUGACAAUUACCAUUCUUAUUCUUUUAGCUUUCUCAUCAA